UUUGUGAGGUGCGGAGUGUUUUUAUAUUUUUUGCACGCUUCCACCAAAAUUCCAAAUGCUCUUCAUAGGUCAGGGACCGCAGAGAGCCCGCUAAAGGAAGAAAGAACAAGAUAACUAUGAGCAAACACAACACCUUCUUCCUACAGUACAACUUCCUGAUCGUCUUCCUCGUCCUUCACCUCCCUGUCUCCUACUCGAGGACGACGUACGCAGACACCGCCACGUGCAGGGGCUCGAUAGCGGAGUGCGAUGAGCUGGCCACGGAAUUUGAGUUUGAUUCCGAGGUGAGCAGAAGGUUCAUGGAGGAAUCGCGGCACCUGUCGUAUGGGGCUCUCAGGAAGGACCAGCCAACCUGCGGCGGUGGGGCCAGAGGCCAAGCUUACAGCAAGAGUGAUGGCUGUGGCCUCCCUUCCCAGUCGAAUCCCCAUAGCCCCGGUUGCUCCAAAUACUACCGUUGUAGGUCGGAUUCGUAAGUUUGGUCGUCCUCGUUUUCAUAAAUGUUACGUUCUGCAAUAUUUUCAAUAAAUUCCGUGGUAUAUGCACCCUUCGAAAUGGUAUAUGCAAAGUAAUUAAUGUUGAACAAUUAAUGAAAGGAUCAAUAUGAGGUUAACUCACUUCCCUUAACUUUAGUUUCUGUGUUCUCCCUGUGUUGAGGAGCAAAGCUCAAAUUAGUUUAAUUUUUCUUUUGGGGCAACCAAUGUAAAUGACUCGCAAUAACAGCUGAUCGGACGAAAGUAUCAAUUCUGAUCAUUCUAUA